AUGGCUGAUCCAAAAUAUGCAAAUCUGCCCGGAAUUGCCUUCAAUGAACCAGACGUGUAUGAGACUGGUGACCUGCCUGAAGAUGACCAGGCUCAGUUUGAGUCGUAUGUACAAGAGGAGCUCUGCAGUGACAGUGUGGAGAGGAUUGUCGUCAACCCCAAUGCAGCGUAUGAUAAGUUUAAAGACAAGCACAUCAGCACCAAAGGACUUGAUUUUUCCGACAGAAUUAGUAGAAGCCGACGUGUGGGUUAUGAAUCCGGAGAGUUUGAAAUUCUUGGAGAAGGUAGUGGGGAGAAGGAGACGCCCCAGCAGAAGUACCUACGUCUGGUCAAUGAGAUCCAGGAGCUGACCAAAGAGGUGGACUCCAUCCAGUCGGUCACAAAGGAAAGCGGUGCAGAGGAGCGUCUCACCCCGGUGGUCCUGGCUCAGCAGGCGGCUCAGCUCAAACAGCAGCUGGUGUCGGCUCAUCUCGACACACUCCUGGGACCACAAGCGCACAUCAACCUCAGUGAUCCAGAUGGAGCGCUGGCGAGGCGUCUGCUCACUCAGCUGGAGGUGGUCAAGGGCAGUCGUGUCAGCACCACGGCAGACGGGAAAUCCACAACAACGGCAAAGGGUCCAGAUGGAGUGGUCCUCUAUGAGCUGCACAGCCGGCCGGAGCAGGACAAAUUCAACAACGCUGCCAAGGUGGCAGAGUUGGAGAAGCGUCUGGCCGAGCUGGAGACUGCAGUUGGUCCAGGAUCAGACAAAGCGGGACCGCUGAAUGCUGGAGUACAAGGAGGCAGUUUGAUGGACACAAUAGAACUUCUCCAAGCUAGAGUCAGUGCACUAGACUCUGCUACCUUGGAUCAAGUGGAGGCCAGACUGCAGAGUGUCCUUGGGAAGAUGAACGAGAUUGCUAAGCACAAAGCUGCUAUUGAAGACGCAGAGACUCAAAGCAAAGUCACGCAGUUGUAUGACUUGGUGCAGAAGUGGGAUUCUGUGUCAACCUCAGUGCCUCAUGUGGUGCAGAGGCUUGUCGCUGUCAAAGACCUCCAUGAACAAGCAAUGCAGUUUGGGCAGCUGCUGACCCACCUGGACACGACGCAGCAGAUGAUCAACAACACACUCAAGGACAACAACACGCUGCUCACUCAGGUUCAACAGACAAUGAAAGAAAAUCUUGUCGCCAUCGAAGAGAACUUUGCAGCCCUGGAUGAGAGGAUGAAGAAAGUUUCUAAUGACAAGGGCCAGUGUGAACCGUGUAGCCAGGACUCUGCUUUAGUGACUGGCAUCAUGACUGCCGAGUGGCUACACCUGCCCCCGCCGUACCCCCCUGGUGUGGGGCCGCUGUGUGGUGCAGAGUUGGAGGCGUGGUAUGAAGACCUGCAGGACAUUCUGGGCUCUGACACAGGAGGGGCAAAACUGGCACGUGCACCCACCUGUACCGAGAAAGAGCCUGAAUUUCUGGACGUCCUGGAAAGUUGUUCUCUGACGUGGCUGUCGGACGGAGGCCAAACGUGGAGUGAAGGCGUCCAGAGGGCAACAGAGAUCCAGGCUCUCCAUCACACGUCUUCCUCAUCAUCCUCAUCCUCCUCUUCUUGCAUGAGUCCAGCUGUGGCAGAGGAGCGGAGGGGCGAGGGGGAGAGAGGGAGGAACGGAGAGGGGCCGACAGGAGGGGGUAGUGACCUGCUGCCGCCUGAGUUUUUUGCCUUGCUGAGUGAUGGAGGAGUGGUGGAUCAGAGUGGAGAGGUUAUAAGUGAAGGCUAUUACUACCACCAUCAUCACCCCCACCACCACCAGGCCGGCCACGUCAAGCCUGGCUCUCCUUCAGCCAGUGAGGACGAUCUGCCCUGCGUCCCAGAUUCGCCCUCCUGCUCCUCCUCAGCCUCACAGUCUCCGUCACAGAAUUGCUCGUCGCCCUCCUCGCCCGUAUCUUCGCCCUCUGCGUAUCCCUCUUCCCGCCUGGGGAAACGAAAGAGGACCUGCAGCGAGAGGGCCACCGGUGCCUUGUCCCCAUUUUCACUGACCACGCCAAGAUCGUCAUCGUCAUCAUCUUACUCGUCGACCAAAAAGAGUCGCAAGGAACGGGAGCAGGAGAACGAGAGGAAGGUCCAGGAGCUGACGGAACAGAAUGAGCGUUUGAAAGCAGAGAUUGACAGGCUCGGCGAGGAGGUACAGAGGACACGCAGAGCCUUGAUUGAGAGAUUAGUCAACACCAGGAAAUGA